AAUCCUUAUAACGAUAGUUGAGAAAUGUGUUCGCAGUGCUAGCAAGAGUCAAAAAGCUUGAAAAUCAAAGACACCAAAUAAGAACACAUGUUUUUACCUAUAUCGAUUGAAGAAUAAUAAAAUUGCCGGCACAGACCUGACCCUUUCAAACCUCUCUCUCUCUCUCUCAUACAAAGUUCCUUCCUUCAGCUGCAUCAUGUACCCUGCUGCAACUGCAAGACAUUCAAUUCAUUAACAACACUCGCAUUAUUCAAACUCCAAACCAACGCAUGCAUGAUUUCACAAAUUAACAUGCUUUCCCUUUUCUUCUUCCUAUCUUCCUCUUUUCUAAUCCUUUUCUUCUUCCGAAAAACCUCUGCACUUCACAUCCUCAACCAAUGGUUCCUCUCCUUCGAAAACCGUCUCCACCUUCACCAAUCCUUCAAAAUCCCUCGCUAUAAUCUUCACUCUCAGGAGAAUAGCCUCUACCGGAAAAUCCUCACCUACCUCGAUUCCCUUCCCUCCGUUGAAGAUUCCGAUUACACCAACCUCUUCUCCGGCCCCAAUCCCUCCGACAUCUUCCUCCACCUCGACCCUAACCACACCGUUCAUGAUACCUUCCUCGGCGCCAAGCUCUCCUGGACCAACGCCGCCGCAGCCGCCACCGGCGGCGCCGACGCGCUUGUCCUUCGACUAAAGAAGAAAGACAAGCGCAGAGUCUUCCGGCAGUACUUCCAGCACAUUCUCUCCGUCGCGGACGAGAUCGAGCAGCGAAGAAAAAAGGAUGUGACGAUGUACGUGAACUCCGGCACCGGCGAGUGGGGCUCGGCGCCGUUCAGGCAUCCGGCCAGCUUCGAGACGGUGGCGAUGGACGCGGAGCUGAAGAACAAGGUGAAGUCCGAUCUGGAACAGUUCGUGAAGUCGAAGCAGUACUACCACCGGCUAGGCCGCGUUUGGAAGCGGAGCUACCUCCUCUACGGCGCGCCAGGCACCGGAAAAUCCUCCUUCGUCGCCGCGAUGGCGAAGUUCCUCUGCUACGACGUCUACGACGUCGACGUUUCGAAGUUCACCGACGGCGCCGAUUGGAAGGUGAUGCUGAUGCAAACGACGGCGAAGUCUCUGAUCGUUAUCGAGGACCUCGAUCGCUUGCUCACGGAGAAGUCAAAGUCAAACACAACGAGCUUAUCGAGCGUGUUGAACUUCAUGGACGGAAUCGUAUCGUGCUGCGGAGAAGAGCGCGUGAUGGUUUUCACGAUGAACGAAACUAAGGACGAAGUUGAUCAAGCGGUUCUGAGGCCUGGGAGAGUUGACGUUCACAUACACUUUCCCUUAUGUGAUUUCUCCACCUUUAAGAUUCUCGCGAGUAGUUACUUAGGGUUGAAGGAGCACAAGCUUUUCCCUCAGGUGGAGGAGGUUUUUCAGACCGGGGCCCGGCUCAGCCCGGCCGAGGUUGGCGAGAUUAUGAUAUCGAACCGGAAUUCUCCCACGCGGGCCUUGAAAACCGUUAUUUCGGUCUUGCAGGUCCAUUCAGAGGGACAGAGGUUGAGCCAAAGCGGGUCGGGUCGGAAUAGCGAUGAUAACGAACCGGGUGCGGUUAUAUGUAGGGAGAGUGUUCACACGGUGAGGGAGUUCCGGAAGCUGUAUGGGCUUUUGCGUUUGGGAAGUAGGAGGAAAGAGGAGUCCUAUUCGGGGCCCAUAGAGAAAGAGGCUCCACGUAUCUAGACUCGGGUCGGAUAAAAGUAAUCGGGUUUUCUUUCCUUUUUUUAUUUUCUACAAAAAAAUGUAUAGUUGCUUGCCAAGUUGCCCGAGUUUUUUUUUUUGCAGUUAGAAAUUAUAUUGUUGUAUCUACAAAGAAAAAUAAUGGUAGGUCGGUAAGGUCGAAGCAACUACACCUCACAUUUUUGUUUAGUCCGUUGAUAAGAACACAUAUCAAAUGCAUCACUUAUUCUUUAACUUC